CCUCCUUUUCCAUCCAAAAAUCAAAAGAAUUGAAAAUGAAGUUAAACUUUCUUUCAUUUCUUCUCUACCACCUACUUCUCUCUGUCCUUCACCUCCACCACAUUCCAUGGCCAACAAUUCAUCUGAAUAAUUCCUUUAGAUACUGUUUAUUCCCUCCUUAUUUCCUCUACCUCGUCUCUCUCUUUCCAAGAUAUGAUUCCCUCUUUUUGCUUAUCUUCUUCAAGAAACACUUCUACUGUUUCACCAGAAGCACUUUUUCUUCACAACAAAUCUCAUUUUUAUCUCCCUAAACAUCCUUCUUCUUUCUCUAACCAUGAUACUCACUUCUUCAAGAGAGAAACUCUUCUUCUCAAGCCCAAUUUAUCACUUCCAAAAUCAUCUCUUUCACUUCUGUUCCUCAAGAACUCAAGACUCACACACUCUUUUGCAAGUAUUUCCUCCUUUGCUGGAGGUGAAGAAGAACAAAAAGAAGAGAUUCAAGUUCAAAACCAUCAUCAUGAAAAUGCAAAAACUGAAGAUGAUGAUGAUUUGCCAGGAAUGGCACAAGCCUUUAACAUAUCUUCAAGCACAGCCUCUGCUAUUUCUAUAUGCAUAGCUUUUGCAGCGCUAACUCUUCCUUUGUUUAUGAAGUCUUUGGGUCCGGGGCUGGACUUGAAAACCAAAUUUUUAUCAUAUGCUACACUUUUGUUUGGUUUUUACAUGGCUUGGAAUAUUGGAGCCAAUGAUGUAGCUAAUGCAAUGGGGACUUCAGUGGGAUCAGGUGCCUUGACUCUGAGACAAGCCGUUAUAACAGCCGCUGUUCUGGAGUUUUCAGGGGCGUUGUUGAUGGGAACCCACGUGACCAGUACAAUGCAGAAGGGGAUUCUUGUUGCUAAUGUGUUUCAGGGGAAGGACACUCUGCUUUUCGCCGGCUUGCUCUCUUCUUUGGCUGCUGCUGGUACUUGGUUGCAGGUUGCAUCAUAUUAUGGUUGGCCUGUCUCCACUACACACUGUAUAGUGGGAUCAAUGGUUGGAUUUGGUCUUGUUUAUGGGGGAGCUGGUGCCGUCUUCUGGAGUUCACUGGCAAGGGUGAUUUCAUCAUGGGUGAUUUCACCAGUAGUGGGAGCAUUGGUGUCAUUUCUUGUCUACAAAUGCAUCCGUAGGUUUGUGUACAGUGCUCCAAAUCCUGGGCAAGCUGCAGCUGCUGCUGCACCGAUUGCUGUUUUUCUGGGUGUAACAGGAAUCUCUUUUGCUGCAUUUCCUCUCAGCAAAAUCUUUCCUUUGGCUUUGGUCCAAGCUAUAGCAUGUGGUGCUGUUGGUGCCUUUUUAGUUCACAAAGUGAUCCAAAAACAACUUGGUCAUCUCCUUGUCAAGUCCUCUUCUUCACAGCCAGAGCCCAAAGAUACAACAAUCCAGAAUAAAAAUCUUGGUUUUCUCUCUGAUAUUGCAGGACCAAAAGGUACCCAACUAGAAAUAGUUUAUGGAGUUUUUGGAUAUAUGCAGGUUCUGUCAGCUUGCUUCAUGUCAUUUGCCCAUGGAGGAAAUGAUGUGUCCAAUGCAAUAGGUCCUUUGGCAGCUGCAUUGUCUAUUCUUCAAGGUGGUAACAGUGGAACUGCCAUUGUUAUUCCACUAGAUGUUCUUGCAUGGGGAGGUUUUGGAAUUGUUGCAGGGAUAAUGAUAUGGGGUUAUAGAGUGAUAGCAACAAUUGGAAAGAAGAUAACAGAACUAACACCCACUCGAGGAUUUGCAGCUGAGUUUGCCGCAGCGUCUGUGGUUCUGUUUGCUUCAAAGCUUGGACUGCCCAUCUCAGCAACUCAUACUUUGGUGGGUGCAGUCAUGGGAGUGGGAUUCGCAAGGGGAUUAAACAGUGUAAGAGCAGAAACUGUGAAAGAAAUUGUGCUUUCUUGGGCUGUUACAAUUCCAGUUGGUGCCACCUUUGCUGUUAUCUACACAUGGAUCUUGACCAAGCUUAUGUCAUAUAUUUUAUGAUGAAAAAUUCAAAAGAUCAAAUGAACAGUUUGAUGUAUGUGAUUAAUAACUCAUCUUUUUUCUCUUUUUC